ACGAGGACGGGCGCAGUGACUCGCCGGCGAGUGAGUGAAUCAUUCCACACUGACACUAUAGCAGAGCUAUGGCGACGAGACUCUCGAGCUUGGUUCACGAACUGCGGGAACGAAUAGCAACUUCGUCGUCGACGCCGCCUACUAACGGAGACGAUGGCGCUUUAGAGGCCAGAUUUCGCGCCGUCCUCCCUAACCUCCUCGACUACGUCGUUCCUUCUUCCUCCGCGAGCGAGCGAGAGGUGAUUGCCGUCUUGAAGCUGAUUACUCAUGUUGCGAGGAACUUCCCAGGAGUGUUUUACCAAGGGAAGGCCACUGCUGUACUUCCUGUCAUCGGCAGGAUAUUGCCCUUCUUCGCCGAACCUGCUUUCUGCUCACGGCAUGGAGUCAUUUUCGAGACGGUUGGAUCUUUAUUAUCCAUGCUCCGCAGUGGUGAAAGAGAUGCAUACUGCCAGUUUUUCUUGGAUACUGUUUCGGCGGUUGAAGAUCUUACCUACGUGGCAAGCAUUGCUGCCGAAAAUCCAGGCAUUUCGAAUGAUGCUCGUGUAAACAUGAAGUGUUUUUCCCAGUCCUUUACUAGGAUAUCCACUCGAUCUGAUUAUCUGAGUGACCUCCCACCAACGAUUAAACCAAUUGAUGGUCCUGGGAUAUUGAUCAAUAUAAUGGGGAAAACCAGGUGGCAGCCCUUUGCAACUUGGAUGAUUAGGCUUCUAAGUAAAUGCCUAACAGAAGGUACUCUGUACGUUGAGGGACUCAUCAGCCUGUCAGAUGUCUCGGCUGCCUGUUCACUGUUGUGUUAUGGCAGUGCUGACUUGCAUAUGGCAUGUUUCGACUUUGCUGGCAUAGUGGCAUCAGUGAUAGAUUGUGAGAUUGUUCCUUUUGAAAACCUGAUUAUGUCAAUAACAGCAAUUCUAAGCGAGGACACGGCUUUACUUCCUUUAUUCAGAAAUAGAUCAUAUGACUCAUCCAUUGGAGGUUGUUUGAGCGUCUUGCAUGGUAGCUGCCCUGACUAUGUUAUAAAGUUGACAGCUGCGGAUGUAAUUAGUGUUUUCCAGAGGGCAAUGUGGAGAACGAAAAGCCAAGAAUUGAAGGUGGCUUUAUGCAGUGCGUACCAGAGGAUUGCCAGAACUUGUCCACCUUCCAUUUGGAAGCCUGAAUCUCUGCUAGAUAUGCUUUUCAUUCCAGAAUCUUGUGGUGCUUUGAUUGAUUGCAUUCAGGUAGCACUCACUAUACUUGGUUCAGAUCAAGUUGGAGGGAACUUAGAAAACAAUUGCAGUGUAAGUUUGAGUAGUGGUGGUGAUAAAUCAGUUGAGAAUCCAAGAGUUGGAGAAAAAAGACAAAGCCAGGACAUUGACAUUCUCCUCAGCAAAAGGCGAAAGGUAGAUGAAGAUAACGUGAGUCCCUAUACUAGUCAACUGGCAAAGUGCAAGUGGAGUCAUAUCGUUGGUUUUGAGACAGAAGAUGAGUAUGCUGGUUCGAUGCAUACCUCACUCGUUUCAUUUAUUGAACAACUGAAAUGCUCUUCUACUCUGUCGGAUUCUGUUAGACCAGAAAUGGCAUUAACAGCUCUUAGCAUGCUUUGCAUUGCUUGCUCUAGAGAACCAGGUACUAACCUGUUGGUCUGCAUCUUUGAGGUGAUGCAUUCAUGGCUUCCGUGGAUCUGCAAGCAGGUGGAGCAAGCAAAUCCAGUCAGCCUUGAUAUUCUCAUUUACCUUGAAGGAAUACACAGCAUACUACUUAUCCAGAGAGCGUUUUCUGAAUCAGGGGAUAGACUUCCCAAGUUUAGGAAUGAAUAUGCAGAUCUUAUGUUGAAAGUGUUAAAGCUUCCCUGGACACACGCUCACAUGGUCAGUGGGCCACACCCUCAAUGGAAAACAAAACAAAUCUCAAUUCAAGUUGCAUCGAAACUCGGACGUAGUUUAAGUAGUGAAGGUUGUUUGGAAGUCUUGGAUCUGGGCCUUCAAGAUGAAGCUGCUGAGGUUAGGAGUGAAGCUACCAUUGGUUUUGUGGUAAUUGUGUUGUUAUGUGGUCUUGAUGUACUGCCAGAAAUCUUCGAAAGGCUCGAGUUCUUUGGAAGGGAACGACAUGAUUCUGUUAAGAGAGUCAUUCCCUUUUGUCUUGGGUAUUUGUCUUGCUUAUAUGGCUGUGGCAGUGGAAGUUAUAAUGAUCAGGGAAGAGGCAGUUGUAAGUAUUAUUUAGAUACCUAUGACGACAAGAAGAAUCAAACACUAGAUUGUCUGCUGCAAGGAUUCUGGUGUCCUAAGUGUGACUCUAGUCUUCUACCCAAGUACAAGUCAUUCUUGAUGGGAUCACAUCGACUGGAUCUACUAAACUAUGCGGCCUUAAAUUGUGAUUUCAAAGUUCUCACGUCAGUGUUCUUUAAGCUUCUUCAUGACGGAUCUUCAGAGGAGAUCCAAGUUGCAUGUGUGAAAAAUAUUAGACGAAUACUUGUGCAUUUGAAGGAAGAUGAUCUAGAAAAAACAAGUUCUGAUUGGAUCAAAUGCUUGGACUUCUGCCUGAAUAGCAAAAUAAGAACAGUGAGGGAAGCAUUCUGCUCUCAGAUUAGUGUUUUCCGUUGCUUAUUUGUUCGGGAGAAUUUGUUGAACAGUACUAGAGAGGGACAUUUGUUGGGUGUUAUGAAGGGUUCACUGGCAGCUGCUGAAGAUCCUGAAGCAUUUGAGACUCUUUUGGAAUCAGUAAUGCACAUCAUGGUCUCUGUUGAAAUUGGCAGCCAAAUGUUUUUGUUUUCUCUUAUGCUGUUGGUUGAUCAGCUUGAUAAUUCACACAUGAUUGUCAGAAUGACUGCAUCAAGGUUGAUACAUAAAUCUUGCUUUGCCCAUCUUAAAGCUGGGCCUGAACAACUCUUAUUAAAAUUUGUUCACACUCGUAAUCAGCUGUUUGAGUAUCUAAGUAUGAACCUCGUGAGUCGUCCAAAGAUGGUUAGAGAGUUUGCUGAAAUUGUGCUUGGUGUUGAAAUGAAAGAGCUAAUUGAGAAAAUGAUUCCCAUAGUGCUACCAAAGCUUGUGGUGUCUUGGCAGGAAAAUGAACAAGCAGUUGAUACUCUAUUCGAGUUAGCCAAGUGGCUGAACACCGAGAUGGUUCCUCUCGUAGUUAAUUGGUUGCCGAAGGUUCUUGCGUCUGCUCUUCAUCAAACAGAUGGCCAAGAGUUACGGUCUACCUUGCAGUUUUAUCAUAACCAAACUGGUUCUGACAGCCAAGAAAUAUUUGCAGCUGCAUUGCCUGCCCUUCUUGAUGAACUUGUAUGCUUUCUUGAUGGUUCUGAUCCACUUGAUAUUAAGAGAAGGUUGUCAAGGGUACCUGAGAUGAUAAAAGAAAUCGCCAAAGUUCUGACAGGUUCCGAGGAUCUUUCAUGCUUUCUGAGGAAUCAUUUUGUUGGCCUCCUUAACAGCAUUGAUAGGAAGAUGCUUCAUGCAAAGGACGUUUCACUGCAGAUACAGGCGCUGCAGCGCAUUAAAAUGUUGAUUGAAAUGAUGGGGUCUCAUCUUAGUACUUAUGUUCCAAAACUGAUGGUUCUUCUCAUGCAUGCUAUUGACAAAGAAUCACUGCAAAGUGAAGGUCUCUCUGUACUGCAUUAUUUUAUUGAGCAGCUGGCUAGCAAAUCACCAUCCAGCAUCAAGCAUGUCAUUUCUCAAGUAUUUGCUGCUCUUAUUCCCUUUGUGGAGAGGUACAAAGAAAGCUCUUCUAUGCAGUUGAAUACUGUAGUAAAUAUAUUGGAAGAACUUGUACUGAAAAACAGAAUAGUUUUGAAGCAUCAUCUUCGCGAAUUCCCUCUAUUACCCAGCAUUCCUUUGCUAAAGGACGUGAACACAGCUAUCCAAGAGGCACGCGGUUCGUUGACUUUGAAGGAUCAGUUACGAAUUGUUUCUGAAGGUUUGGAUCAUGAGAACUUGAAUGUGAGGUACAUGGCGGUGUGUGAAUUGAGCAAGUUUCUUAAUAUAAGACGGGAAGAUAUUACAGCUUUGAUCACUGGUGAGGUUACCGCUGACAUGGAUGUUUUAAGUUCUUUGAUUACCUCCCUGUUAAGAGGAUGUGCUGAAGAGUCGAGGACUGUUGUGGGGCAACGAUUGAAAUUGGUCUGUGCUGAUUGCCUCGGAGCACUUGGCGCAGUCGACCCUGCUAAAGUGAAAAGUUCUCCAAGCAUACGUUUUACAAUUGAAUGUUCAGAUGAUGACCUUAUUUUUGAGUUGAUCCACAAGCAUUUAGCAAGAGCUUUUAGAGCUGCACCUGAUACAGUUGUUCAGGAUUCAGCUGCAUUAGCAAUACAAGAGCUGCUCAAGAUAGCUGGCUGUGAGGCAUCAUUAGAUGAAAAUGUUGGUGCUUCUUAUCGCACACCAAUUGUUAGGUCUGCUGAUGGUAGCAGUAUGAUGAAUAGUAGGGGUCAGAUAUUGUGGGACAGGUUCUCUAAUUAUGUUAAAGAGAUAAUAGCCCCUUGUUUGACCUCUAGGUUUCAGCUUCCUAAUGUUGCAGAUUUAUCUUCAGCUGGCCCAAUUUACCGGCCAUCAAUGUCAUUUAGAAGAUGGAUAUUCUUUUGGAUAAAGAAGCUGACUGCACAUGCAAAUGGUUCACGUGCAAGUAUAUUUAAUGCAUGCCGAGGCAUAGUGCGGCAUGAUAUGCAAAUAGCCAGCUACCUGCUACCGUAUCUCGUCCUUAAUGCUGUUUGUCAUGGUACUGCAGAGGCCCGCCAUAGCAUUACUGAAGAGGUGCUAUCCGUUCUUAGCGCUGCUGUAUCAGAAAAUAGUGGGGCUGCUAUUCAUGUUGGUGGUGGACAAACCGAAGUUUGUAUUCAAGCUGUUUUCACCCUCCUUGAUAACCUUGGCCAAUGGGUGGAUGAUGUUGAGCAAGAAAUAGCAUUGUCCCAGUCUACCCAGUCAACAACUUCUAGAAAGCAAGGUUCCAAGUCAAAAGACCAUAAUACCUCUUUGCCUGAUCAGGAUCAACUCCUUGUCCAGUGUAAACAUGUCUCCGAGCUACUCGAUGCUGUUCCCAAGGUUACCCUUGCAAGGGCAUCCUUCAGGUGUCAAGCAUAUGCUAGAUCUUUGAUGUACUUUGAGUCUCAUGUGCGUGAAAAAUCAGGUGCAUUUAACCCUGCUGCUGAGACAAGUGGCACUUUUGAGGAUGAAGAUAUUUCAUACCUGAUGGAAAUAUAUAGCUGUCUUGAUGAACCUGAUGGUUUAUCAGGCUUGGCCUCUUUGCGGAAAUCUAUGAGCUUGCAGGACCAACUCUUACUAAACAAGAAGGCAGGAAACUGGGCUGAGGUCUUGACUUCUUGUGAGCAAGCUUUACAGAUGGAGGCCCUCUCGAUUCAGAGGCAUUCAGAUGUUCUAAACUGUUUGCUGAACAUGUGCCAUCUACAGGCAAUGGUGACUCAUGUUGACGGUUUGAUUUCUAGGUUCCCUCAAUAUAAGAAAACGUGGUGCAUGCAAGGGGUGCAAGCAGCAUGGAGACUAGGCAGGUGGGACUUGAUGGAUGAAUACCUCAACGGUGCUGCUGAAGAAGGCUUGCUUUGUAGUGGCGCCGAGAGUAAUGCUUCAUUUGACAUUGAUGUUGCUAAAAUUCUCCAGGCUAUGAUGAAGAAGAAUAGAUUGGCAGUUGCUGAGAGGAUUGGAAUGUCCAAACAGGCUUUGAUUGCUCCUCUUGCUGCUGCAGGCAUGGACUCCUACAUGAGGGCUUACCCCUUAAUUGUGAAACUUCACUUUCUGCAGGAACUAGAGAACUUCCAUUCUCUUCUUAUCAAUGACUCUUUCUUGGAGAAAAGGUUCCAUCUAAGUGAUAUGGAAUUCACAAAAUUAGUGGAGAACUUGGAAAAUAGGCUUAGCAUAACACAAUCAUCACUAUGGACAAGAGAGCCGCUCCUGGCUUUCCGAAGACUUGUAUUCACAUCCAGUGGCCUUGGUGCACAAGUCGGGAACUGCUGGCUCCAAUAUGCAAAGCUCUGUCGUUCCUCGGGUCAUUAUGAAACAGCUAACAGAUCGAUUCUUGAAGCUCAAUCUUCAGGAGCACUUAAUGCUCACAUGGAAAAGGCAAAGCUUUUGUGGAGUACUAGGCGAUCAGAUGGCGCCAUUGCGGAGUUGCAACAAUCUCUUCUUCACAUGCCUGUGAAGAUUGUAGGCACUGCUGCUAGGUCAUCUAUUACCAACCUCUCAUUGGUGCCUCUAAACCCUCUACCUUCUGACUGUGACAAUCAAGCUUUGAAUGAUAAUAAUCAGGAUGUCGCAAAGACUCUCCUCUUGUAUACCCGAUGGAUACAUAAUACUGGCCAGAAGCAGAAAGAAGACGUCAUAGCUCUAUAUUCCAGAGUCAGGGAAUUGCAACCUUUGUGGGAAAAGGGGUUCUUCUAUUUAGCAAAAUACUUAGACGAGCUGCUUGUUGAUGCUAGGAAAAGACAGGAAGACAAUUCAGACAUAGGUUCCAGGGCUUCUGUUUCAAAUAAUGAGAAGCGCUGGUGGUUUUACUUGUCUGAUGUAUUACUGUAUUAUGCCAAGGGUUUGCAUAAGGGCCACAGGAACCUCUUUCAAGCACUUCCGAGAUUGCUCACCUUGUGGUUUGAAUUUGGAAGCAUUUAUCAAAGAUCGCGUCCUUCUAAUGGGGAAUUGGCGAAGGUCCAUGCCAGGGUGUUGACAAUUAUCAGAGGUUGUUUAAAGGAUUUGCCCACAUAUCAAUGGUUGACUGUACUGCCUCAAUUGGUUUCAAGGAUCUGCCACCAGAAUGAAGAUGUCGUUCAACUAGUCAAAAAGAUUAUCACUUCUGUUCUCAGGGAAUAUCCCCAACAGGCAUUAUGGAUCACAGCAGCUGUUUCAAAGUCUAAAGUCUCUUCAAGGAGGGAAGCAGCUGCAGCAAUCAUACAAGAGGCUAAAAAAGGGUUCGGUCAAGGAAACUCCGGGAGUAAUUUGUUUGCCCAGUUUGCUGGCUUGAUUGAUCAUCUGAUCAAACUGUGCUUCCACCCAGGCCAGCAAAAAUCAAAGACGAUUAACAUUGCAACUGAAUUCAGUUCUUUGAAAAGAAUGAUGCCACUGGAAAUCAUCAUGCCAAUGCAGCAGUCUCUUUCUUUCACCUUGCCAACCUGUAACAUGAACGAGUCACUUAAAUCUGAUAUAUUUGCAACUUCUGAAUUUCCAAUGAUUUCUGGAAUUGCUGAUGAGGCCGAGAUCCUUUCAUCUCUUCAGAGACCAAAGAAAAUUGUUUUUCUGGGUAGUGAUGGCAUUGAACGCCCAUUCCUGUGCAAACCGAAGGAUGACCUUAGGAAAGAUGCUCGUAUGAUGGAGUUCACUGCAAUGAUUAAUCGUCUGUUGUCCAAAUAUCCUGAAAGCCGGAGAAGGAAACUCUACAUCCGUACCUUUGCAGUGAUUCCUCUAACUGAAGACUGUGGUAUGGUGGAAUGGGUGCCUCAUACCCGUGGACUCCGGCAUAUUCUUCAGGACAUAUACUCCACAUGUGGGAAAUUUGAUCGACAGAAGACAAAUCCUAUAAUUAAACGCAUUUAUGAUCAAUGCCAAGGUAAAAUGUCAGAGGAUGAGAUGCUGAAGAACAAACUCCUUCCACUAUUCCCCCCAGUUUUCCACAGGUGGUUCCUGACUACUUUCUCCGAGCCUGCUGCUUGGUUUAGAGCUCGUGUUGCUUAUGCUCACACCACUGCUGUGUGGUCAAUGGUUGGGCAUAUUGUGGGUCUAGGGGACAGACAUGGUGAAAACAUUCUAUUUGACUCAACGACAGGUGAUUGCGUUCAUGUCGAUUUCAGUUGCCUAUUUGAUAAAGGCUUGCAGUUGGAAAAGCCAGAGCUAGUUCCUUUCAGACUAACUCAGAAUAUGAUUGAUGGACUGGGAAUUACUGGAUAUGAGGGCAUCUUUUUGAAGGUCUGUGAAAUCACACUUUCAGUGCUGAGAACACACAGGGAGACUCUGAUGAGUGUUCUAGAAACUUUCAUUCACGACCCCCUUGUUGAGUGGACAAAAUCUCACAAAUCCAGUGGCACAGAGGUUCAAAAUCCUCAUGCGCAGAGAGCAAUCAGUAACAUUGAAGCAAGGUUACAAGGAGUAGUAGUUGGUGUUGGAGCAGCACCCUCUUUGCCUCUAGCUGUUGAAGGUCAGGCUAGGCGCUUAAUUGCCGAAGCUGUUUCACACAAGAAUCUUGGCAAAAUGUACAUUUGGUGGAUGCCGUGGUUUUGAAAGGAAGAAUAGUAGAGAACGCUUUCAUCAGGUUAGUCUUAGAACCCUGUACUUCUUUAUGAUCUAUAAAGUGGUUAUCAGGAGAUCUAGGGAAGGGAAUCACUGUCAAUAGGCUGAACCGAUCAAUCACCACUUGAGAGCCUACAUGUAUGCAUAUAUAUGCUGUCUGUGCCUUCAACAUAAAGGAAGCAACAAGUUCUUUGCAUCGGCCAUUUUGUGUAGGUCCGUUAGUAUGCUCAUGGCAAAGCAAGCUACCUUUUGGUCAUUCUGCAAUUCUUUUUAAACAUGAGGUCUUCCAAUUGAUUUGCUAUUGAAUUCCUCCAGAAGGCUCCAACUAAAAAGCUCCCAGAACAUCCCUCGGAGUUAGCAUUUGCUAAUCACUGUUGCAUAAUAGAAAGAUGAACAUAUGUAUCAUUAAGCAGCCCUUCUUUGUUCUCUUCAAUGAAAUGCAAAGAACUUACUGGCCAUGAAUCAUGGAGAUGCUUUCAUUCCUUGUGUUCUAUUAGAUGUUUUCCCUUUCUCAUUAGCAUUAACAUAACCAUUCCUUGACUACUUUCCCUUUAGCAAUAAAGCAACCUGUGUUCUUCCUGUCUAUUCUCAACGGACUUCCAGUCCGAACUACAAUCUCUUUCACCAGUCGUUUAACUGGUGACUGCCCUCUAACGCUGCUAUGCUUCCCCGACCCACAUACCACCACCACCUCUGCUGGAAUCACUCCAUCGCCGCGGCUCAAUCUCUCUCUCAACUCAUCCAUCCACUGCAGUAUUAUAACAUAAGCCGAGCUUGAGUGCAUUCCGUGCAAAUCUAGUUUAGCUUCUGAAGCAUUCCAGUUCAUUGUCUCGUUCAGCACCUCUGAUUCCACCAGUUGUCCAACCAAAACUGCCUCUGCUUCUGUCACAUUAUUCACCAACUCUUGGAUGGAAAUUGGGAAGCCAUUAGAGCUGGCCGAGCUCUGCAUCAUCGACGUGAUUGUCGGGCAGGAGUUCAGUACUGAAUUGUAAGUCCUUAUUGAACAUGGAAUUCGUAAAGUUCUCAUCUUUUGCAGCCAUGUAGCCAUUUCAGGGAGCGCACUGCGAGCUCCAAAGGACGAAAGGAUCAUGUUUGAAGAGACUGUGUCGACUUCGAUUCCUUCCGUUUCCAUCUUCCCAACUAUCCUCUGCAUGUCUGCAAACAUUCCGGAUCUUCCAUACCCAUAAACCCUGCUUCUUCACAUAAACGGAGCUUGAACUGCGGAGGAGCUGAUCCAAACGAGCUAGAGAGCAAUCAAAUCCUCGAUUCGAUCCGUGUUUGGAGUGCGAAGUGACCAGCUCGCAGUAAAACAGAGCAAGCUCCCUUUCCCGGCUCUGUAAUUUGGCAAUGGAGUCGGAGAUUAAUGACUCUGAUUCAUCGCAUUGCUCUUGUUUAUCCAGCGAAGCUGCCAGAUUUGCAACCAGCUUCGGGUUCCACUCGAACCAUGAAGCUUCAGUGAUCUUCAAGUAAAGCUGGGGAAAUGGGAUAAAAACGAAAGACAUCAUCUUCAGAAUUGGCAUGUAGUGGUACCCAUUUCAGAAGGUUUCGGAUUCCAGAGGGAUAACUUACAGGCAGAGCGAGACCCGAGAUUCGGAGAUGAGAAGACUCGGGAGAAAGCAGAGUCGAAAGCGCUUCCAAUGCAAUGGAUUUCGGUGACGCCGCGACGAAUUUCUUUAUCACACGGUUUUCGUCUCCUCCGGUGACGGCGGUGGCUGCAAGAGAAGAGAAGAAGCGCUGUCCUUGCUUGCUCAGAGCUGUAAUUUCAAUACGACGGUCGUUGCUCCGGCGACGAUGGUGUGGUAGCACGUGCAAGGUGUGCGAUUGUGGCGGAAACGACACAUGCAUUAACAUAAUGGCUUAGCUGCGUCUCCUUUUUCACGCGUCGCUCAGUUUUUGCCAGCUCUGUGUAUAGAAGAAGAACAAUGAGAGGACGGGAAGUAUGGAGCUUUACUCAACGAUGGAUAAGCUUAAAUGGUGUUGUUUUACUGUCGAGGGGAAGAAAGCUUCGAGCUUCGAGGCCGUUGGAGGAUUUAUCGCCGCGAGGUUUUGCCUCCACUGCUAGGACGCAGAGUAUUUCCAGCGGAAGAAAUGUGUACGAGCUGAAUUUAAAGAUAAGAAGUUUGACGAGAAGCGGGCUGAUUGAUGAAGCUCGAGAAGUGUUUGAUAAAAUGGUUCAGAGAAACGUGGUGUCCUGGAACUCGAUGGUUAGUGGGCACGCUAAGCGGGGGGAAAUGACGAAGGCAAGGAAACUGUUCGAAGAAAUGCCUGAAAGAGAUGUCGUGUCGUGGAACUCGAUGAUUUCCGGGUACGUUUCGUGCAGGUUUCUGGAGGAAGCGAGGCGUUUGUUUGAUCGGAUGCCGAAGCGGGACUGUGUGUCGUGGAACACCAUGAUCAGUGGGUACGCGAAGAACAGGAGGAUGGAUGACGCCUUGCAGCUGUUCGACAAAAUGCCUCAGCGGGAUGUUGUCUCCUGGAACGCUGUGGUUACUGGGUUUCUGCAGAACGGGGAGGUGUCACGUGCAAUUGAGUUCUUUAAUAGAAUGCCCGAUAGAGACGCUUCAUCAGUCAGUGCACUGGUAGCGGGUCUUGUUCAGAAUGGAGAGCUGGAUGCAGCUGCAAGAGUUCUUCUCGAGUGGGGGAAUGGUGAUUUCAGGGUACAUGAUUUGGUGCAUGCAUAUAAUACAUUGAUUGCCGGGUAUGGCCAGAGAGGGAAGGUUCAUGAUGCUCGGAUAGUCUUCGAUCGAAUUCAGAGAAAUUUGGUGUCAUGGAAUAUGAUGAUCAUGUGUUAUGUCAAGGCAAGGGAUCUUGUUCGCGCUAGAGAACUCUUCGAUCAAAUGAUGGAGCGGGACAAUUUCUCAUGGAACACCAUGAUUAGCGGCUACGUUCAGGCAUUAAACAUGGAGGAAGCUUCUAAGCUAUUUCUCGGAAUGCCAAAUCCAGACACUCUUUCGUGGAAUUCUAUGAUCUCAGGCCAUGGUGAAAUGGGAAGCUUGGAACUAGCUCGCGAUCUCUUCGACAAGAUGCCUGAGAAGAACAUAGUGUCGUGGAAUUCCAUGAUUGCUGGAUACGAAAAGAACAAUGACCCCACUGGUGCUAUUAUCCUCUUCAUGGGUAUGCAGACAGAGGGAGAAAAGGCCGAUAGGCACACACUAUCUUCAGUUCUUAGUGUCUCCUCCAGGUUAGCGAAUUUGCAAUUCGGUAUGCAAAUUCAUCAGCUGAUAUGGAAGACUUUUAUCCCAGACGUUACGAUCAAUAACGCCUUGAUCACAAUGUACUCGAGAUGUGGGGCAAUAUCCGAUGCAAGAUCAAUGUUCGAGGAAGUCAAAUUAGAGAGAGAAGUGAUCUCAUGGAACGCAAUGAUUGGAGGAUACGCAUCUCACGGCCAUGCUUCAGAAGCCCUGGAGAUAUUUCAAUCGAUGAAGCUGUUCGGCGUGCAGCCUACUCAUAUAACAUUUAUUGCAGCUCUGAACGCUUGUGCUCAUGCUGGACUUGUUCAAGAAGCCCGGAGGAUAUUUAAAUCCAUGGCCACUGAUUAUGGCAUCGAGCCAACGGUCGAACAUUUUGCAUCAUUGGUGGACGUCCUCUGCCGGCAUGGGCAGCUUGAAGAAGCCCUGAGUUUGAUUACUACCACGCCUUUUGGACCAGAUAAAGCUAUUUGGGGUGCGAUAUUAAGCGCUUCCAAGUUGCAUUACAAUGUUCGAACUGCUAGAAUUGCUGCUGAAUCAUUGAUGAGGCUAGAACCAGAGAGCUCGGCUCCAUAUGUGUUGCUGCAUAAUAUGUAUGCAGAUUUGGGACUAUGGAACGAUGCAAGUGAAGUGAGGUUGAUGAUGGAGAAGAACAAUGUCAGAAAGGAAGCAGCACAUAGCUGGGUGGAUUGAUUUAUUUCUCUCGUCCAUGACAAUCGCGGUUUAAAAUCCGUGGUAACUGCAUCAACUCGGUCAGCAGCAAGCAUUAGAUGCAUACUACGGGGUCAAUCAGGACCUGGAAGACAUCCAUGAGUAGCGCAGCCUGAGGUUAUUGGUUCUAUCAGCAGACAGGGAAAUAUUGAAUAGAGGACGAACCACAGGAAUGUCUGGAAAUGUUGCUAACUGCGCCCAUAGAUAUCAACAGCCGUUAGAGCACAGAGAUCUACACCACUGUCUGUGAAAUGUGUGCAGUGCAGGCCAAAGCACAAACGUUCAGGAAAUUUUGCUAGCAUGUUGAUGAUAUGGUUGGCACUACGAUGGACUAACACCGUUGGAUGGAUUGCUCGACGCGAUCCAACUUUGCUAGCCUAUAACUUCAACCCCAUCAGCACGCCAGCCGGAUUGUUGACGGUUCUACUUUUUGUCAGGUUGUGAGAUGACCAUUACAAGUGUCUCAUUUUCAACUUCAUGAUGAACAAUAGAUGUCGACGACAAGAAGAUUGACAUUCUUUCGUGGGAUACGGCAAUGUUUGGAAGCUUUCCUCAACUCCAAACCAGCAAAAGCGAGAGGUUCCUUCAUCCUUGGUUUAGUAAAACUGCAUUGACAUCCGAAAUUAGUAUAUUGGAUUUGGGUUGGGCCUAGGGCUUGAAGAUGCCGAAAAGCGGGCUGGACAUUAAAAUCCAAACACAAAAUGACGAAAGUAAAGCCUUGAGCCUUGGCCCAACCCUUCCCCUUCUGCCCAAAUUGGUGCCACGUGUCUAUAUCAGAGGUGCACAUCCACACAGAAAGCUUCCAUAAGCUGGAGCACACGCGAUCAUAGGUAUCCACGUUGUAUGAUAGAGACGAAGAGAAGAAAACCCGACUUCCGAAAGCGAAAGACGGCACCUUUAUAUAUCGUUUCGCCAGUUGAGCUUGCCGCGGGGUUGGAGACAUGAGAAGGUGAUAUUUCUUGUUUUCACGCCGAAGGAGGGUGAGAAAUAUAGAAUCGAAAGUUGGCGACUUUGUGGUUGGUUUGGAUUCCCAUAAUUCUUUCUUCAAUUCUCCCUCAUCCUCGUCGUCGGUGCUUAGAAUGGGGAAGAGAAGCAGAAGUGCGAGCCUGGAUGCGGCGGUGGUCGACGUUCUGCACAGGGAGGUUGGCCAGGUCUCCGGCCGCCGCUUCUCUCAACGCUUUGCUGCGUCCAAGGAUCUUGUACUCCGACUUGAGCUCUACAAGAAACUAAACAAGCACUCGGGGUGCGUUAAUACUGUGAGCUUCAAUGCUUAUGGCAACAUUUUGGUGUCUGGUUCCGACGACCGACAAGUGAUUCUCUGGGACUGGGAAACUGGGAAUAUCAAGCUUGCUUUCCAUUCGGGUCACCAGGGUAAUGUCUUUCAAGCAAAGAUUAUGUCCUUCUCAGAUGACCGCAGCAUUGUCACUUGCGCUGCUGAUGGAGAGGUACGACACGCUCAAAUCCAUGAAGAUGGAGAAGUGGAAAUUGAAAUGCUUGCAAAACAUCAAGGUCGAGCUCAUAAAUUGGCUGUUGAGCCUGGAAGCCCUCAUGGAUUUUAUAGCUGUGGGGAGGAUGGAUUAGUUCAACAUAUUGAUCUAAGAACCAGGUCUGCUACAGAACUCUUUACCUGCCCGCCUCAUGGCGAUAGGGCGGCUUAUAUGUCAGAGGUCCAUCUGAAUGCAAUCAUAAUUGAUCCAAGGAAUCCAAACCUCUUCGCAGUUGCAGGGUCCGACGAGUAUGCUCGACUAUACGAUAUCCGCAGAUGUAAGUGGGAUGCAUCGACUGAUUUCGGCCGCCCUGCAGACUAUUUUUGCCCUCCGCAUUUGAUCGGUGAUGAACAAGUUGGCAUAACAGGGUUGGCCUUCUCUGACCGGAGUGAACUUCUUGCCACAUAUAAUGAGGAGUUCAUCUAUCUUUUCUCACGGGAUAUGGGAUUGGGAUCCAACCCGCGAAGAAAGUCUUCUACAAGUGAUGAUGUUGAGAAAGCCCCUCAAGUUUACAAGGGGCACCGUAACUGUGAGACUGUGAAAGGUGUCAAUUUCUUUGGGCCUAGAUGUGAGUAUGUGGUCAGUGGUUCUGACUGUGGUCGGAUAUUCAUUUGGAGUAAAGAAGGCGGAGAGCUAAUUCAUGUCAUGGAAGGCGAUCGGCAUGUCGUGAACUGUAUUGAACCUCAUCCUCACAGCACUAUACUUGCCAGCAGUGGAAUUGAGCGCGAUAUAAAGAUAUUCACACCGAAAGCAAUGGAAAAGGCUACAUUGCCUAAGAACAUUGGACAGAGGAGGCCAAAGGCCAGGAGGAGCAGGAUGGACCAAAUAGCUUCACCGCAAGAUCUGAUGUUGGAGCUGUUCUCUAUUCAAGGACGCCGCCAAAGAAGUAGUCAUCUGGAUAACAACAAUGAGGAGAGGUCACCUGCUAAUAGGGAGCUUCUGGAGCUUAUAAUGGCAUUCAAUGCCGCCGGUGGUGACCCUUCUUCUGGCAACGGAGAGGACUCCACCAGUCAGGGAGACCUAUUUGAUUAGAAGGCUUCUCCGGCGACCUAUUGGUCUGUCCGAAAGACGAGGAGCUCAUACGUCAAGAUCGAAGCUGGAGAUAUUUACUUUCAGUUAUCACUACCUAAGAAUUUUGUUGCUCUGUUUGAGUUUGGAAAUCAAAUGUAAAUAUAUGUAACGUAUUUGUCUGUGUUUAGACUUUAGAGGUGAAAGAGGGAGAGUUGUGCG